UUUGCACUCACUGUGCAAAUGUCCAUGUAUUAUCUAUUUAAGCAGCUAUCACUCAAGGAAGUUGAAUGAGGUGAACAUAGACAUAUUUCCCCUUCCCCCCUUUUUAAAUGUAACAAAUACCUUUUUAUGUUCCCCUUCCCCCUUCCCCUUCCCCUCCCCCCUUUUGGGAAAGUGUCAGAAACUUGAUAGUUUGAGAUGGACAAUUGAGGGGACUGAGAGAGUGAUCCACACAGAUCCUGGCUUCUUUGUGCUUCAUCACAAAACGUGCGCUACUGGCCAAGCUACUUAAGACCCUUUUACCAGGAUAACCUCGUGGGAGAUCCAGCUGGCCGACUCAAGGAGCUCUGGAAACAGGACCACAGAGGUUAUACUCUGGGAUCCUGGCCAUGAGGUUGGAUGCCUCACCUUGCUGAAAAGAGACACUGGACCUAAAUGGCGCAGCAUGACUUUGUUCCUGCUUGGCUAAAUUUCUCAACACCACAAUCAGCUAAGUCACCUGCAGCUACCUUUGAAAAACAGGGAGAGCACCUAUCCCGAGGGGAAGGCAGAUUUGGAGUGAGCCGUCGUCGACAUAAUUCCUCUGAUGGCUUUUUUAACAAUGGACCCCUUCGAACUACAGGAGAUUCCUGGCAUCAGCCCUCCCUAUCCCGCCAUGAUUCUGUGGACUCUGGUGUUUCUAAGGGAGGAGCAUACUCUGGAAUCACUGGGAACAUAUCUGGUUGGCAUGGCUCUUCCCGGGGUCAUGAUGGCAUGAGCCAGCGUAGCGGGGGUGGCACAGGGAACCAUCGCCACUGGAAUGGCAGCUUCCACUCCCGGAAAGGCUCUACCUUUCAAGAAAAAGCACCUACAGAGAUUAGGGAAGAAAAGAAAGAAGACAAGGCCGAAAAGUUACAGUUUGAAGAAGAAGACUUUCCUUCUUUGAAUCCAGAAGCUGGCAAACACAAUCAGCCAUGCAGACCUAUUGGGACCCCUUCUGGAGUGUGGGAAAACCCACCUAGUGCCAAGCAACCCUCCAAGAUGCUGGUCAUCAAAAAAGUUUCCAAAGAGGAUCCUGUUGCUGCCUUUUCUGCUGCAUUCACUUCACCAGGAUCUCUUCAUACAAAUGGGAACAAAUCAUCAACCAUGGUUCCGAGUGUCUAUAAGAACCUUGUUCCUAAGCCUGUACCACCACCUUCCAAGCCCAGUGCAUGGAAAGCUAACAGAAUGGAACACAAAUCAGGGUCCCUUUCCACUAGUCGGGAAUCUGCUUUUACCAGUCCAAUUUCUGUUAACAAACAAGUGGUACUGGCUGGUGGCACAGUUCUAAACUCUCCAAAAGAGAGUCCCUCUAGCACCACCCCUCCAAUUGAGAUCAGUUCCUCUCGUCUGACCAAGUUGACCCGCCGAACUUCUGACAGGAAGAGUGAGUUCCUGAAGACUCUGAAGGAUGACCGGAAUGGAGACUUUUCAGAGAACAAAGACUGUGACAAACUGGAGGAUCUGGAGAACAACAGUAUACCUGAACCAAAGGAAAAUGGAGAGGAAAGCUGUCAUCAGAAUGGCCUUACUCUCCCCGUAGUAGAAGAAAGAGAGGUCCUCUCACAUUCUCUGGAAGCUGAGCACAGGUUAUUAAAAGCAAUGGGAUGGCAGGAAUAUCCUGAAAAUGAUGAGAAUUGCCUUCCCCUCACAGAAGAUGAGCUCAAAGAGUUUCACAUGAAGACAGAGCAGCUAAGAAGAAAUGGCUUUGGAAAGAAUGGCUUCUUACAGAACCGCAGUUCCAGUCUCUUUUUUCCUUGGAGAAGCACUGGUAAAGCAGAGUUUGAGGACUCAGACACAGAAACCAGUAGCACUGAAACAUCAGAUGAUGAUGCCUGGAAGUAGGCAUAUAAAUGCUCACCCAGUAAACUCUGCCUGUGUGUUAGGGAAUAUACAAAAGAAACCCUUCUUUUCCUUUUCUUACAUUAUUGUUGAAUACUUCAUGCACAAGGGAAAUAAUCAUAUCCCAAAGAGAGAGCGAUUGGCUUGUUUAGCUUUUAUUGUUGUUCUUCCCAGUUUUUUGCAUAAUAAGAGAGAAGUUUGUGUGAUGGGAAAGAUUAAAAAAUAUAUAUAUAUAUACAUAUAUAUAUAUACACACAGUAUAUAUGGGGCAAUGCACAGGUGGAAGCUGGCAGUGCAGAGAGGAGAAGACACUGGUCUGCAGCAACCGCUUCUACUACCAGCCCCUGGGGCACUCACCCCUGUGCUCAAGCAAUCAUUGUCAAUGACAAAGUGACUAUUGAAGUUAUAAUUGUAUUAAAUUAAUGCUAAUAAUUUGGAUAUUUUAUUUUAUUUUUGGCUGCUCGGGUAACUUUAGCCCUUAACCAAGCAAAUGUGGUUUUCUUUCUUUCUUUUUUUUGCAGGGGGUUGGGAGGGAGGUACAGCUGUAAAAUAUUUGGAUAUAGGAAAUGUUGUGUUAUUCUUGCAGCCUUGAUAUUCAGGGUGGAUUGUAAAAUAUAAAUUUUUGUGAGAUUUCAAAGAUUAAGAUUAUUUUGAUAACAUUAUUUACAGAUUUAAAAGAUGUGGCUAUCACAAGUCUGUUAUGAGGGGGAAAACUGCAUAAAAUAACUAACUUGGAAUAAAUAUUUUGCAUCAGU